CACCGCCUUUGCGCGAACGCGUGCCAUAAUCCGAACGCCCAAGCUGUCAGCUCAAGCAAGUGACCACAUCAGCCUGCGAAGCGUCCGCUUGUUGCCUUUUGUCACAUUUCGGCUCAGUUAAUCGAUAAAUAACAUUCUGUCGCCGUCGUUCGUCUUGUGUCACUGUCACGGACAAUGGCUGACCCCAAAUACGCCAAUUUACCAGGAAUUGCGUUUAACGAGCCGGAUGUGUACGAGACGGGUGACCUGCCAGAAGAUGACCAGGCUCAGUUCGAGUCGGAGGAGCUGUGCAGCGACAGCGUGGAGAGAAUUGUGGUCAACCCAAACGCAGCUUACGACAAAUUCAAGGACAAGCAUGUCAACACCAAAGGACUGGACUUCUCAGACAGAAUUAGUAAAAGCAGAAGAGUGGGCUACGAGUCUGGAGAAUUUGAAAUUCUGGGAGAGGGCUGCGGUGUCAAGGAGACGCCCCAGCAGAAAUACCAACGCCUGGUGAACGAGAUCCAGGAGCUCUGUCAGGAGGUGGACACCAUCCAGGCCGUCACAAAGGAAAGCAACGCGGAAGAGCGCCUGACCCCGGUGGUCCUCGCACAGCAGGCGGCCCAGCUCAAGCAGCAUCUGGUUUCGGCUCACCUUGACUCACUUCUGGGACCGCAGGCGCACAUCAACCUGGCGGAUCCGGACGGAGCGCUGGCCAGGCGCCUGCUCACACAGCUAGAGGCGGCCAAGGGCAGUCGCAGCAGCUCUGCGGGAGACGGCAAGGUGCCGGCGUCGGCCAAGGGCCCGGACGGAGUGGUCCUCUACGAGCUGCACAGCAGACCUGAGCAGGAGAAGUUCAACGAGUCUGCCAAGAUGGCAGAAUUGGAGAAGCGUCUGGCAGACCUGGAGAUGGCUGUUGGCUCAGCAUCAGACAAGCAGGGUCCUCUGAGCGCCGGCAUGCAAGGAGUCAGUUUGACGGAUACAUUGGAACUCCUCCAGGCCAGGGUCAGUGCGCUGGACUCUGCUACUUUGGAUCAAGUGGAGGCCAGGCUGCAGAGCGUGCUCGGGAAGAUGAACGAGAUCGCCAAACACAAAACAGCCAUUGAGGAUGCCGACGCACAAAACAAGCUGUCACAGCUGUAUGACGCGGUGCAGAAGUGGGAGGCCACGUCCACAUCAGUGCCUCAGGUGGUCCAGAGGCUGGUCACAGUCAAGGAGCUGCACGAGCAAGCUAUGCAGUUUGGUCAACUGCUCACACAUCUGGACACCACUCAGCAGAUGAUCAACAACUCUCUGAAGGACAACAACACACUGCUGACGCAGCUCUCGUGUCGGAUUUCAAAAAGUUGCUGCUCUUCACAUCAAAGACGUCCUCCUCCCCAUCUUCUCAUGUGUCAGGUCCAGCAGACGAUGAAGGAAAACCUGGUGGCCAUCGAGGAGAACUUCGCCACGCUCGACCAGCGGAUGAAAAAGGUGUCCAAAUAAAACUGGCCAAAAAAAGAAAUAAAAAAAGAAAACAAAUCAUUUGGGUGUCAACAUGGACAAAUGAGAGUCCCACAUUGACUCUUCUGCCCACCCCCUCCCCCUACUGCUCUCUUCCUCCACCUAUGCCUUCUUCACUAAGUGGAAUGUUGGGAAAGAUUUGAAAAGAAGACCAAAUUUCCUCAAGUUAAUUGAACUGACUGCUUUGGAUUUUAUGAUUAGUAGAACUGACGAUUCAAGAUGAGACUGGAUUUGCACUGUAGUUUAUACUCAUCCUGUUAAAUGGCUCACAGUAAUGUUGGAAGGAUACAUUAGAGAUGUUUAGGAAAAAAAUAAAUGUUGUGGGGCCCCAGAAGGAAAAAUGUGUAAAUAUAUCCAAAUUACCUUGUUUGCUUGAGCUCAGUCGAUCAUUUGUAUUUAUAUUAUGACUGGGACACACCACACACACUUUUAAUCUGCAUUGCCAUUGCCUACAAUUCAAAUGUAUAAUGGUCACGGAAUAUGAUCAAUAAAACAGAUUAACUCGA